AGGAACCGACACAGAGGUAGGCCGGGAUAGGAGAAGAGGAUGCCCUUUUGGCAAAGGUGACCAUUGGGGUGGUUGAACAUCUCUGUGCCCUAUUGCUUGGAUCCUCCAUCUCUCUGACCACCAGCUAGGACUAUUUGUGGUCCACCAACCUUUUCCCAGGAACCUAGGAAACCGAACAUAGAGAAGGAUUGUGUCAGCUUCUUCCUAGGACCAAGAAAGUUCUCGCCUUUCUCGGAAGAACCCAAGGAGAGAGAAGAUGGGGGCUUGCCACCUUGGAAAGGUCAGUCCUUGACUCAUUGCAAGGGAUCUCUUGGGGGAAUGUCAGAAGAGAUGCAAAGGGUGCCUUUGGGGAGGAAAUAGCUUUCUCUACGAAGAAUCAAGUCUGACAAGCUUCCAAAGAGGUUGGUUCUUUGGAGACCUUUGCAACCAAGGCAAGAAUGUUUCAGAAACUCAGGAGGUAUCUCAGAUGAGGAAAAGAGAGGAUCAGCUUCUGCCACGUUCCUGUGUUCUCCACCAAAAGGCGUUGGUCAAAAGUAUGGAGAGAAAAAUUGCAUAACUGAUCCAGGAGACUUCACCGGAGCCAUGACCUCUGCCUCUUCGGUGGGCCCUGUCACCUUCUCCCAGGUUUUUGGGCAUCAGUGCCAGCUUCUGGAGGCAGCUGUGCAAUCUCUCCACACCUUGAAUGACCAGAUCUCCGACUUCAUUGUGGACAAGGCCAAAGUGCUUACCGAAGACGAUGAAAAUGCUUUCUUGCCCGAUGAGAAAGAUACCCUGAAGAACUCCAUGUCGCUCAUGAGACACCUCUUAAUGGAUGCCCAGGCCAACAUCCAGCGCAUGAUGGAGGGCAACCAGCAGCUGGCCUUGCGGAUCGACGGGGCCCUGCAGGCGGCCGGGCAAGAGGUGGGCGCCCUGCGGGCCGAGCUCAGCGCCACCAGCCGCCGCCUGGCCGAGCUCGGCGCCCCUUCAGCCGGAGCUGCAGCAGCCGGAGCCGGAGCCGGAGCCGGAGGGAGCGGCAGCAGCCCCAGCAGCACCAACGGCAGCCCCAGCGCCCAGGAGAUGGCCGCCUCUGCCUCUUCGGGGGAUGCCAGCCAGCCUACUCUCCAAGUGCUCCUCCGAGAAGAAGUCUCCCAGCUCCAGGAGGAGGUCCACUUGCUCCGACAGAUGAAGGAGAUGCUCACAAAAGACCUGGAGGAGACACACGGCGGCAAGUCGACGGAGAUCCUCUCAGCCACCGAGCUCAAGGUCCAGUUGGCCCAGAAGGAGCAGGAACUAGCGAGAGCCAAAGAAGCCCUCCAAGCCAUGAAAGCCGACCGGAAACGUUUGAAGGGGGAGAAGACGGACUUGGUGAGCCAAAUGCAGCAGCUCUAUGCCACUCUGGAAAGCCGGGAAGAGCAACUGCGGGACUUCAUCCGGAACUACGAACAACACAGAAAAGAGAGCGAAGAUGUCGUCAAAGCGCUUGCGAAAGAGAAAGACCUCCUGGAGCGAGAAAAGUGGGAGCUGCGCCGGCAAGCCAAAGAGGCCACGGACCACGCCAGUGCCCUCCGUUCCCAGCUGGACCUGAAGGACAACCGGAUGAAGGAGCUGGAAGCCGAGCUAGCCAUGGCGAAGCAGUCCUUAGCGACCCUGACCAAGGACGUCCCCAAGCGGCACUCGCUAGCCAUGCCCGGCGAAACGGUGCUCAACGGCAACCAAGAAUGGGUUAUGCAAGCCGACCUCCCUCUUACGGCUGCCAUCCGGCAGAGCCAACAGACGCUCUAUCAUGGCCACCCGCAGCACACGGUGGACCGGCAAGCGGUCCGAGUCAGCCCAUGCCAUUCCCGGCAGCCUUCCAUCAUCUCCGACGCAUCAGCGGCGGAAGGGGACCGGUCGUCCACGCCGAGCGACAUUAACUCGCCGCGGCACCGAACGCAUUCGCUCUGCAAUGGGGAUAGUCCUGGACCGGUACAGAAAAACUUGCACAACCCAAUUGUCCAGUCUUUAGAGGACCUCGAAGACCAAAAACGGAAAAAGAAGAAAGAGAAGAUGGGCUUCGGGUCCAUUUCCCGGGUCUUUGCCCGAGGGAAGCAGCGGAAAUCGCUCGACCCGGGCCUCUUCGACGGUACCACUCCCGAUUAUUACAUAGAAGAGGAUGCCGACUGGUGACGGCCCGCCUUCCCAAACCCCCGCUUCUGGUGUGCGUGCGUGUAUGCGAGUGUCUGUGUGCGCGAGCCAAACGCCUCUAAACCCGAAACCCGGCGGAUCGUGAGCCUUUCUCGCUCUCUUUCUCUGCGUUGCCUCUUCUGUAACUCGCUGUACAUAAUCCCCCCCCUUAAAAAAAAUCCCGUAUGUGAAACCCCA